AUGUUUAGAACAUCAUUACCAACUAUCCUUAAUCGUUCAGCAAUUGCAUCAACAAGAUCAAUUAGAUUCUUGUCCAACAGCAGCAAACCCACAGUUUCAUCAGCUACCAACUUCUUAUUACCAACAACAACCAAAAGAGCAUCAUCAUUAAGUACUGUUUUAGCCGCUGUAAAACAACAACAACAACAACAUUCCAACCACAGUUAUAGAUCCAAUUCCUCAAAUAUUUUCAAAUUGUUGUUUGCCAGUGCUGGCGCUUCAUUUUUACUUACUGCUUCAUUUGCCAAAUCCAUUUAUAAUGAUGUUGCUGCAGUAACUCCAAGACAACAAGUGGCUUCAAAUGUCACAGUUAAUCCAGUCACCAAACCUGCUCCAACAAAUGCAAGGUUUGGCAAUUAUUUAAACUAUGAAGAAUUAACCAUUGGAUCAGUUACUGGUUUAUUCUUGGGAAUCAUUUUGGGUAAAUUGUCUCAAGUGUUUUUAUUUAUUUCAUUGAGUUCGUUUUUACUUGUUGAGUUUUUACAAAGCAGAAACAUCAUCAAUGUUCCAUGGAAUUAUAUCUUUACUAUUGGUAAACAAAAGAUUGAUUUGAAGCAAUUGGUGUUUGAAAAACCAAGUUUUAAAAUUUCCUUUGUAUUGAGUUUGAUUAUUGCUGCUUACAAUGUAUAG